GUGCAAAGACCGUGCAGGUGCUGACUAGAGAAGUUCCAUAUAUAGGAAGAAAAAUAAGCACUCAUCAGGGCCAGCAGUACGAACUUUUACUUUUGCCAUCAUCUAGUAGCGCAAGUCUGACCUUAUGCUAACCACGGAUGCUCAAUCUCGUGCGAAAACCCAGUGGGUCGGCUCGACACUUGCAGACUUCUGCUCGGGCAGCUGCACUCGUUCAGAAGCAGAAGCCACAUCAUAACCAUGUACAACCGCGACCUGUCAUCGGCGGAGCUGACGUGAAACAAGGAAGAGAAAGAGAACGUGACGUAGUACGAAGAACAGUGAAGCACGUCAAGCGCAAUGAGCUCGGAGUUCAGCUCCUUUCUCGAGAACUGCAUUCACAAAUAUUUCGCGACAUCUCUUUUCCAGCACCGUCGAAAGCAUUCGUUCGUAUCGCACAGGAGCAUCUGGAAAUGCAUGGCCUAGACCCCAAACAAGGUUCUGUUCUUCCUGAUAUCGGCUUCACCCUCCCACCCCUCCUAGGCUCAAAUAUCGACGAGCAUUUCCAUAGAAUCGGCAGUCAGUCCGCUCAACCAUGGCUAAACAUCGCGAAAGAUUUUGCAUCCAACGAACUUCCUCCAAAACCCGAUCAUUGGGACAUUCAAUCGGGAUGGACGAAAUAUCACUUCCUUGCUGAUGGUUCGAGCUACAGCGAACAUGUCGACUUCCCGCAACACGAAGGCAAUGCGGAAGAAGUGCUCACAUUCGACGUAGAAACCAUGCCCACGUAUCAUCCUUAUGCUAUCAUGGCAUGUGCUGCCUCAAAGAAUGCCUGGUACAGUUGGAUAUCGCCUUGGUUGCUAGGAGAAUCGGUUGAGCAACAACACCUCAUCCCCUUGGGGGAUACGCUUUCCCCGCGCGUAGUCGUUGGUCAUAACGUCUGCUACGACCGAGCGCGCAUUUUAGAGGAGUAUAGCUUGCAUGGAACUCAGUCCCGCUUCCUCGAUACCAUGGCUCUGCAUGUUGCAGUAAAGGGAAUAUCUUCGCACCAAAGACCUGCUUGGAUGAAGCACCGCAAGUCCAAAGAGACUCAGAAAGUGCAUCGUGCCGAAGCGGUCGAGGCCGUCGUGGAUCUCAUGCGUAAUACGGAGUUCAAAUACGACCAGGAGAAUGAUGAAACCAAACGAGAAGAGCUCCGCCGCCUCCGUGCUGACCUCGAGGAGAGCCUUCCGCAGCUCGAAGCUGCCGAUGCCGAUGCCGUAGAGGCUGAUCUCUCAAGUAAGCGCUGGGAAGACCUGACGUCUGCCAAUUCGCUGGCUGAUGUGGCCAAGCUGCACUGCAAUAUCGAUAUGGACAAAGAAAUUAGGAACGACUUUAUGAAGUUGACCCCAGAAGAAAUAAAGGACAAUGUUCACGACUAUCUCAACUACUGCGCGCAAGAUGUUUUCGUUACUCAUGCCGUCUUUUCCAAGGUCCUUCCAGCUUUCCUUGACCGCUGCCCGAGUCCCGUUUCAUUCGCCGGCGUUCUCGCGAUGGGUUCCAGUUUCUUGACGGUCAACGAGUCCUGGGAAUCAUAUCUUGCAGAUGCAGAUAGAGUCUACAAGGAGUUAGAUGGGAAAGUGAAAAAGCGCCUUAUUGGUCACCCUAAAGUGGCCGGGAAAUCUAGAGGUGUCGUGCCGGAUGAACAGGUGCGUCUCCAGGUCGAUCGUGCCCAUCUGUGCCCGCCUUCUUCCUCCCGACGUAAGAAGUCCUCUCCUAAGGAACCCAAACCAAAGGUAUUUUGGCCGAAGUGGUACUGGGAUCUCGCAAAACCCAAGAAAGACAUGCCUCCCGGCACGCUAGAUAUCACAGUACGGAAUCGCAUUGCUCCCAUUCUCCUUUGUUUGUCAUGGCAAGGCUGGCCGCUCUUCUACUCCCGGGAACACGGCUGGACCUUCCGCGUCUCUGGCGAAGCUGAUUUUCCUACCCGCUUUUCUCAGCUCGAUUUCUAUGAUCCUGCGGACGACGCCCUACAAGACAUGCGCCUGAAAGGAGGUUUUGUCUUCUACAAGUUACCACAUAAAGAUGGGGAGAAAGCGAACGUGGGCAGUCCGCUUGGGAAAACGUUCAUGAAAUAUGCACAGGAUGGGACGCUUACAAGCCCCGGAGACGAAGCGAAGGAUGCACUGGACAUGAACGCCCAGUGCAGCUAUUGGAUCAGCGCACGCGAUCGCAUCUUAAAUCAGAUGGUUGUCUGGCAGCGGGGAACGUUAGAUCUACAGUUCAAACCACCUGGAUCUUCGGACGAACCCCAGAAAUGGGGUAUCAUCCUCCCCCAGGUGAUUACAAUGGGCACUGUGACGCGCCGCGCUAUCGAGAGGACGUGGCUCACGGCGAGCAAUGCGAAGAAAAACCGCGUUGGUUCAGAGCUCAAAGCCAUGGUGCGCGCACCCAAGGGGUACGCCAUCGUUGGCGCGGAUGUGGAUUCAGAAGAACUGUGGAUUUCGAGCUGUAUUGGCGACGCACAGUUUGGAUUACACGGUGCUACGGCUCUUGGAUGGAUGACCCUCGAGGGCACCAAAGCCGCGGGAACUGAUCUUCAUUCAAAGACAGCGAGCAUCCUCGGCAUCUCUCGUGACCAAGCAAAAGUGUUCAACUAUUCCCGAAUCUAUGGUGCUGGGAUGCGUCAUGCAGUCCUGCUCCUUCUACAGUCGAAUGCCGGUAUGCUGCCCGAUCAAGCUCAGCGCCUCGCAGAAAACUUGUACGCAUCAACUAAAGGCAAGAACACGCAUCGCACGGAUUUAUUUGGGAGGAAAUUCUGGUUUGGUGGAACGGAGAGUUUCGUGUUCAACAAGCUAGAAGAGAUCGCGCUUUCUGAUCAACCACGAACUCCAGCUCUCGGAUGCGGAAUCACAGCAGCCCUGUCAAAGGAGCUUCUUCCGGCAAAAUUUGGUUCAGAUUACAUGACAUCACGCAUAAACUGGGUCGUGCAGUCCUCUGGUGUCGACUACUUGCAUCUUCUCAUUGUCGCAAUGGACCAUCUGGUCAGACAAUAUGGUAUCAAGGCGCGUUAUCUUAUCUCUGUGCACGACGAGUUACGUUACUUGGUUGCCGAAGAAGAUCGCUAUCGAGCUGCACUCGCGCUGCAGAUCGCCAACCUAUGGACACGGAGCCUUUUUGCCUUUAAAUUAGGAAUGGAUGACCUGCCUCAGGGGGUCGCGUUCUUCUCAGCCGUUGAUAUCGACAAGGUACUGAGAAAAGAGGUCGAUAUGCCAUGUGUCACGCCUUCUCAUCCUGAUCCUAUUCCCUCUGGAGAAAGUUUGGGUAUUGCCGAUAUUUUAGAUAAGACAAACAGCGGUUCAUUGUGGAAAGAUGGACGCCCCAUAAUCGCGGACUCUCUACCUUCCAAAGCGUCCUACCAGCAUGACAAUGGCUACGAGCCUCCUAGCUGCCUUAUCCAUCGCGCUGAGAGCGCGGCUUGGCUGCGCGCCCAAGCUACGUCCGAGUUCCCUGAAAUUAAGCAUCUUGCGCUUGCGCAGACAUCAGGGCAGGUGACCGAUACCAGGAUCAGCGGAAAAAAGCGCGGGCGUCCGCUGGAAGUGCUGAAAUCAGGGAACCUACGUUGAAGUCUAGCACCUGACGUACCCACGGAUCAUGCUCACACGGAUAUCUUAUCAUUGCUGUAUAUUUUAAAUUAGACCUUGCAUAAUAUUAGAGUAGCCUUUUUCGUGGCUGCGAGAUCCGGUUCAACUGUUUACAGUAUUAAU